AAAGUCGUCGUGGUAUAUUGUAUAGUGAGUGGACAUUUACGAAAAUCUACACUUUGGGACGACAUAUUUUGAGAACUUAAUGAUAUAUCCUGGUACUCAACCUUGAGACUUUGCAGGAUGAUUAAGUUUGAGGUUUUGGUGUUGGCGGCGGUGGUCACUGGCGUGUUUGCUGAUCGACCCUCCUUAUUGCCCCCUUCUCGCGUCCGUUCGUCCCCUUCGAUCCUCCUCCCUGUCUCAACCGUCUCUGACCCAACCGUCCCUGUCUCAACCGUCCCUAUCUCAACCGUCCCUGCCCCAACCUUCCCCAGACCCCGGGAGGGAUUUGUCGUCCAGAGGGACGACAGUGACGAGCGUAACCUCGUCGCCGGUCUGCCGAACAGUGCACAGACCAGAAGCACGUCGCGCUUCCAGCUUCAGUCGUCACCGUUACCGUCACGCUUCCAGCCGUCACUGGACGAUGAUGAUGACGUGUUUUCGUCGUAUGAAGACGAAGACGUUAAGUACGACUUGAGCUGGGACGUGAGUGUCGAAGAUAACCACGUCGCUCGUCAGGAAAACCGUCACGGUGACGUAACGCGAGGCUCAUAUUCGUUCCAACUGCCGGACGGACGUCGCCAGGUGGUAACGUACUACGUUGACGGCCCGUCUGGCUACGUUGCAAAGGUCCACUAUGAGCCAGCUGUGAGGCAGCCCCAGCCCGUCGCUCGUCACUCCCAGCCUGUCACCCGUCACUCCCAGCCCGUCAUCCGUCACUCCCAGCCCGUCACCCGUUUCUCCCAGCCUGUCACCCAUCACUCCCACGAGUCGCUGGAAGACAACUUCAACUUCUGACCACAUAACUUGAAGCUAAAUUAUUUCCCUCCUACCACUACAUAUAUCAACUUAUAAUCCCUUGCCAUCCGGUGACAUAUAGUGUAAUACCAAAUUAUGUCAAGGUUUCGCUUGAUUUCUCUGGCAAAACUAUGAUAAAGUUAGGAAGCCAUUUUUACUAAAUUUUUGGUCCCAUUAAAAAAUCCAGAGUUACUCAAAGCCCAAUGGUAGCCCCAGGUCCUUUUAGGAAUCCAUCGGUUUAGGUCCAAAUCCAUCCCUUUUCAUGCAUGUUAGGCCAAGUUUAAGUCUGAUGACCAGGAUCUUGCCUCCAGUUCAUGUGGUUUGAACCGUCAACACUGACUUGUCUUUUCUUCCGUCAAACUUUUAUUUAUGAUAAUAAAUUAUU